UUCAUCAUUCGUACAUUCCAUUCUAUUCCAUGCAAUCAUCGGGUUCUCGUAUAUAUAUAAAGAUCGUCGUUUUCUUCUCUUUUUUUUUUGGUUCCUACAAACUACAGCCAAAUCUAUAUCAACGACCCUCUCUGCCUCUACUAUACAACCAAUUAUAAUUGUUCCUGAUUCUCAACCUCAAAAUGUCGACUGAUCUCCAUAAGCUCGAGAUCCACCCAGACCUGCAAGAAAUGCAAAAGCUCCUCUCAGCAGGUCCAAGGUUCAACCUAGUAGAUGACCUGGACAAAGCCCGGGCCGCCUUCGACCUCAAAAUCGAGACCAUCAUACAAGGAUACGAAGAAACCAUCUCCUACGAAGACACAAACAUCCCCGGCCCCACAGGACCAAUGAAAACCACAAUCCUCCGCCCAAAGCACCAGAAGCACACCACCGCCGAGGAUACCCCCGGCAUUCUCCACAUCCACGGCGGCGGCCACUGCAUGGGCAGUCGCUUCUUCGGCGCAAACACCGUACUCCCCUGCAUCACUGCCCUGGGCGCCGUCUGCGUCACAGCCGAGUACCGUCUCGCGCCGGAGCAUCCCCAGCCGGCUCAGCUAGACGACACCUACGCCGCGCUGGCGUGGAUGAGCGACCACGCGCAGGAACUCGGGUUUAAUCCCCGCAAACUGAUCGUCUACGGUGGCUCGGCGGGUGGGAACCUCGCGGCGGGUGUCUCGCUGCUGGCGCGCGACCGGGCGGGCCCGUCUAUUUUCGCACAGGUUCUCAUCUACCCGUGGCUCGAUGAUAGCAACGAGACGUUUUCCAUGAAGCAGUGUGCUGAUAUCCAGCCGUGGACGAGACAGAAGAGUAUGGUUGCUUGUGACUAUGCGCUUGGCAAGAACCGCGAGCAUGUGUCUGCUUAUACUGUGCCGUCGCAUGCUACAGAUCUGGAGGGCUUGCCUCCUGCUUUGAUUGAUGCUGGCACGGCGGAUCUGUUUCGUGAUGAAGGUGUGGAUUUUGCUGCGGCCCUGUUGAGAGCUGGGGUGUCGGUUGAGCUGCAUUUGUGGCCGGGCUGCUGGCAUGGCUUUGACACUAUAGUGCCCGAUGCGCCUAUUAGUCGGCGGGCUGUGGCGGCUCGGGUGGAGUGGUUGCGGGAUCUACUUAGUAGAUCGUAGUUUUGGGAAUACUCAAUGCGUGUUGGGUGGUGUGAGGAGAUGGUUCGACGCCGUUGCACUCCCGGGUGUCCGGGCGUGUAUUAGGGUUGGGGUGAUAGAAA